AUGGGAUCUCGUCUUGUACAGCGCGGCGGCUGGGGCGACAGCGACGCGGCGAGCGUGCCCUUUGAGCGGAGUGGAAAUCGCGAAGCAGACCGGGCCGUAGGUGGCGAGGCGGGCGCGAUGUAUCCAUUUGAAUUGCACCGGCGAGGGAGCCGAUGCGGUUAUCGAGGACGUAGCGUUGCGCCGCACACGUCGUUUGUGCGCGCGUUGCCUGGGCGACGGCGCGGCCCGUGCAUGAUAUUAGCGCGGGCCCAUCUCCGGCCGUUUAAGCUUAACGCGCCGUCGCAGCCGCCCGGCGCGGGAAAU